AUGGAGUCUGGAAUCCUCAUGGCCAUGGCUUUUGAUCGCUCCGUGGCCAUCUGCAAUCCUCUGAGAUAUUCCAUGAUCCUGAAAAACUCUGUUGUGGCCAAGAUAGGCCUGGCCGUGGUGCUGCGUAGUGGAAUAAUCACAUUACCUUAUCCCUUCCUGGUGAGGCAGUGGCCAUAUUGCAGAACCAACAUCAUCCCCCACUUCUAUUGUGGGCAUAUAGCUGUGGUAAAGCUUGCCUGCACUGACAUUCGCAUCAGUAGUUACUAUGGGUUGUUUCAUCUUAUCUCGAUGAGUGGAAUGGACAUGUUUUUUAUCGCCGUGUCGUACACUCUGAUCCUCCGGGCCAUCUUCCGCCUCCCCACAAAGGAUGCCCGGCUCAAUACUUUUCGUACCUGCAUCUCUCAUCUUUGUGCCAUCUCAGCUUUGUACAUCCCAGAUUUAGCCUCCUCUUUCAUUCAACGGUUUGGCCAGAAUGUGCCAAUUCAUUUCCUCAUUCUUAUUACCAGUGUGUACCAACUGGUGCCCCCCGUGCUGCACCCCAUCAUUUACGGGGUGAGGACCAAACAGAUCCGGGGCAGGCUGAUCCAACUCUUUACUCCUAAGGAGACCUAA